CGUUCCUGCGGUAGACAGGUAGUGACAGACCCGUGAAAUGCCGGAACCAGCCAAGUCCGCGCCCGCGCCCAAGAAGGGCUCCAAGAAAGCCGUCACCAAGACCCAGAAGAAGGGCGACAAGAAGCGUAGAAAGACCAGGAAGGAGAGCUACUCGAUCUACGUGUACAAGGUGCUGAAGCAGGUGCACCCCGACACGGGCAUCUCGUCCAAGGCCAUGGGCAUCAUGAACUCCUUCGUCAACGACAUCUUCGAGCGCAUCGCCGGCGAGGCGUCGCGCCUGGCGCACUACAACAAGCGCUCGACCAUCACCUCGCGGGAGAUCCAGACGGCCGUGCGGCUCCUGCUGCCCGGCGAGCUGGCCAAGCACGCCGUCUCCGAGGGCACCAAGGCGGUCACCAAGUACACCAGCUCCAAGUAGAGCGCCGCGGAUCCUGUUUUUAACCCAAAGGCUCUUUUCAGAGCCACCCACGUUUUCAGUAAAAGAGUGUUUCACACUU